UACGGAAUGAACUCACUGUCCAGGUGUACGAAGUUCAUGCUCGAGCAGCAUUAGAAGCAGGUGACCUGGCAGAAUACAAUCAGUGCCAAACACAGCUAAAGACUCUUUACUCCGAGGGGAUUUCCGGUUGCUGUAACGAAUUCACCGCGUACAGCUUGUUGUAUAUUAUUUUCCAGAAUGGAAGUAACCGAGAUCUUUUGUCAUCAAUAGCAAGGCUGACACCAGAGGCCCGAGAAGACGAGGCAGUUAAGCACUCUUUAGCCGUGCGUGGUGCCGUGGCCCUGGGAAACUACAUCAUGUUCUUCCGGCUAUACAAAACGGCUCCAAAUCUCAACUUCUAUUUGAUGGAUCUUUACGUGGAGAGGAUGCGUUUUGAAGCCCUGAGGUGUAUGUCUCGGUCGUACAGGCCGACGUUACCUCUGGAAGUGAUAGCUCGGAUGCUGGGAUUCACAAAUGGAGCACAGGCUGACAAGGAUGUGCUCGACGAGUGCGAAGAAUGGGUGAAAGCUCAUGGCGGGCAAGUUGUCGUGGACAGCGCUAGUUCUGAGCGGCAAUUCGAUGCAAAGGCAAGCGCUGCCACCUUAUUCAUGCCGGAACCAGAAGACGCGGUUGCUCAUGGCGAUGCUAACCUCGCCGUCAACGACUUUUUGACUCGUUCGGCCCAAGCUUGAACGCUUUGGGAGGUAAAAGUUAGCAAAAAGGAGGAGAGCGAUUCUUUGCCAUUUCCACGAGGAAGUGUAAUAAGAUGGAGGGGGGCUGCUGCAAACUUAGAGAGGAAAUUUUGUUGUAUUGAAAUACAAUUGUACAUUACCCAAGCUAGAUUGGACCACCAGAACAUCGACGCCGUGCUCAUCGCCAGGAUUCUCGAGGGCUCGGUUGGUGUGGAUUGUGAUCGACGGUCGUGUUUUUGUUGAGUCAGUAGGAGAGACAAAGUUUGCAUCUACCUUUUAA